GUGUGAGGAGACACUCUGCUCCAACCCCGUCCCCCGGCUGCAGCCCUCUGGCACCGAGAGGCCAUCCGAUCCUUGGAUUACCGGAUGGAAAUGUCUGAUACGGUUAAACCUCUGACCUCCUUCCUCAUAGAGGACAUCCUGUCCGUUAAGGACAGCACAGGAUUUAAUGGCAAAUGCUGUUCGCACAAGAUGGAAAGAUGUUCACACUGGGCAGAAGACUCUGAAAAGUUGGCGGAGAAUCUCUGUCCUCGGGAGACGGCUUGUGGAGUAAAGACAGAGUCUCUGGACACAUCCUGUCCCAGCACCUCGCAGUCCCGCGGUCUGUCCUCCACAGGGAAACAGAGGCGCUCCCGAGCUGCGUUCACACACCUCCAAGUGCUUGAACUGGAAAAGAAGUUUGACCACCAGAAAUACCUGUCUGCCCCGGAGAGGGCUCACCUGGCCAGCACCUUAAGACUCACAGAGACCCAAGUCAAAAUCUGGUUUCAGAACCGGCGGUAUAAGACCAAACGAAAGCAGCAAACGUCAGAGUUCUGCAAGGAUGUGUACAAAGCCGACGGACUGGGCAUGAGAGAGGAUUUGGUGCGGUCAUCACUAAUCACCUCCUUCUGCAAAGCCUACCAAUACAGACCGUACCUGUGGGACUACAGGGGCCCCUGGGGCCCUACGUUAUGGUGAAAGUGGAGCGGUGACUUCUAAUCAGUACAGUUUAUCUGAUAUUUAAGUUCAAUGUUCCUUUUCAAAGUAGAUUCUUUAUUAAUUGCAACUGAAUCUAAUGUGUGGCCACGUGUUACCUUCACCAGUCUGCCUUUUAAAAUGGGUUGGCUAAAAGCAUGUCAUACAUAAAAUCACACAGAUCUAGAUUUGACCUCUGAAGUCACUUGUGGGUUUCUUGAUUAAUUCAUCAAUGAAUAAACUAAUGCUAAUACAUUG